AAGUUUCUCACAUUUUUAAUUCGUUUUAGCUAUAACUUGCGCUAAUGUGUAACAACAACCAUCUUAUUUGUACAAAGCGUAAAAAAAAAAAAAAACGUUAAUUUUAAUCACCGUAACGUUACCAAGCCAACUAUCUCAGAAAGGCGUAGCUUACGUCAGAUAGUAGCACCGCAAGCUAACGUAAGCUAACGCCAGAUUUUGCUGCCAUGACAACUACGCGGCAGAAAGCUGAAGGUAGUUUUAUGUCUUCCUAUUUGCCAAACGAAAAAUAAUAAUUUAAGUAUAAACCGGUUUUUAAUUUAGAUGACCGGCUCAGCUUCGCUCCCGGAGAUCCCACGGGACAACAACGAAGGCGUUUUGGAGUUAAACAAGGAUUUGGAGACAAUGAUAGAAAACGUUGAGAAUAUAUCACUUCAGCUGACCUGGAUGGCUUAUGACUUGGUGGCACUCCGCACCAGUCCAGAGCUGGGCUCUUCUCUGCAGAAACUGGAAGAGGCCUACAGAAGAUGCAGAGCUGCUGUGUUUGGAGUCCAGCAGCCAGAGAAGGCCGAAGUUCUUGAUCCUACUGCUGCAGCACACAUCUGAUGGGAUUCUGCUGCAGCACACAUCUGAUGGGAUUCUGCUGCAGCACACAUCUGAUGGGAUUCUUA